AUGUCGACAGCGGCCGAGGAGGAGAUGGUCGUGGAAGUGCAAACACUGGCCGGGACGAAGGUGGGCACCACCCGGCUCCCCUUGAACGCCAGCGUCCGCACCCUGCGGGAUGAGAUUCAGCGAUGGCAGCGCCCCAAAGAGGGCGCCUACGAGGAUCCCGAAAUGAAGCUGGGAUGCAGCAGACAGCCAGACAGGAGGAAGCUUUUAACCGGCCGGUCGAUCUUGGAUGACAGGCAGCCGCUGCGCAGCUAUUGCACCUACUCCGGCGAGCCCCUAGUCGUCACGGCUGUGAAAGGCAAGACCGUGGAUGUUGCGGUGCAGUGCGGCCAGGAGACACUUCUCAUGUCCGUCUCGACAUCGACCACCGUGGCCAUGAUCAAGGACCAGCUUUGUGAUGAUCUCGGCUGGGACGUGUCCCUAGCGCGGCUUAGUCUUCUAUUGCCUCUGGAGGUGCUGCCCCUCGACGAUGAGGAUCUCCUCCUUUCCUCGGGCUUUGUUCCCGGGAGUUUCUUUCGGCUGACAAAAAGACCCCCUGAUUAG